AUGACACCCGCACAGAGCCGUGUUAAGCAGGAACAGCUCCGGAAGCGCCGCGAUAAUCUUCUACGACGGCACAAUGAUUUCUGGAUGCUUUACGCAAUCCGCAGUUGGCUCAGUCCGGAGAUGCCGAACGGCCGGAUCUACACCUACUGGUUCCAUCCCACUGUUCCCGCCCCGACGGAUCAGGAUAUUCAUGAACGAUCUCAGCCGGCUGUCCAUAAGACCCCGGUCGACUACCUUCCCCCUGCGCUGGGCGACUUAAGGACACCGAAGCCCCCACUGCUGACGGUUCUUGGACGUCGGAGGCUGCCGUACUACCCUCCGACCCUUGGCGCACUGGUCAAUACCACCGGGCGACGAUGGGAUUACCAGGCUUUGCCGGUCUUAACUAAGCUCCUUCACGACCAGGUUGAGGAGCACUUCCGCAACUACAAGAAUAAUUUCUUCGACAAGAAUACGAUUCCACUUUACCUCUUUCUCUCUGGUGCUGGCACAGGAAAAUCACGAAAUGCCACCGAGCUGGACAAGACUAUAUAUAAAUGCUUCGAUGGUACUUACUUUGAAAAGAAUGAGCUUCUGGCAUCACAUGUUCACGAUCCGUUCGUUUUCCAUGUAAGUUUUGAGAAUGGGACCAGUCUUAGGCCCACUGAAAAGGAUCCGUGGAGAGCUAUAGGCACCCGGAUGCUAUACCAGGUUCUCCGACAGCAUGAGACCGCACCCAAAAACAUUACACUUAGCGAUGUACUUGGAAAAUGGCACGCACCCACACCAAGCGAAGUCAUUAGGUCGCUUUCUCCUGAGGAUUUUUCUGUUCUUCUAUGGGAUAAGUACACCAUGCUCCGGACCUUAACAACCUUGGGGGAUCUGGCACAAGAUCACCCUGGUUUCAUGAUCGUUUGUGGCACCUCCAUCGCUUCAGGUCCAAUCGAUGAGUAUCUGAUUUCCUCUCGGCGAAGGAGAAUAGUGCUCCCUUGCAGACCCCUGGAGCCCCCAACUAUUGACCACAAGCCAGUCUUUAAUAUCAAAGACAUUGUCCAGGAGGUUUUGAUCAGUGACUGUGGUAGUCACGGCCGUGCUCUCGAGUUGUUGGAUGACAUUUUCCCGAUUUUGCAGGGAGAUAUUGGACCUGAGGUGAAAUGCCUGGUGGCUAGAAAAUUGCUAGAGCGUUAUGGCGGUACACUACCUGACGAAAAUGACGGUAUGGCAAUAAUUAAAGCCGUGUUAGCGCAUCGAUGCAUGCGGAGAAACGAGUACGUCCCGAGGACGAAUGUGACACCAGAUGAGGUCUGUCAAAACGGCCUAAUACACUUCGAAAAGGUUAAUCCAGACUCGUGGAACUCACUCGGAUGCUUCAAAAUCUCGUACAUCUGGCUUCUCGUAUUGUGCAUCACCAACCGGAAGAAUGAUUUCCUUGAUGAACUACAAUUAUUGGACUAUAGGGAUUUCCGAGUCAAAGACCAGUCCACAGUGUCCGGUGGUUUUUCCUGGUCUGAUUUCGAAAGUCUAAUGGUUAAAAUUCGAAAAAUCAAACCGCAUGUUUUCAACGACGGUGAGUGGGUGACUGUUGAAGAUAUUCACCAGGGUGCGUUCAUGCAUCCCGCGACAAAACGUAUUCGUUUUGUUAAUCAUCACUUCAAUGAUGACGUUGCAAAUCAUCAUAUCCAAACCAAAACAGUACCUCCAUUCGAACGUUCCUGGGUGGUUGAGACGAGAAAUUCGGGGGAAAUCAACCUCAGGGACCACAAGUACAUCGUCCUAAAUGCAGCUGGGGCUCCAGCGGGCGACGCUGUUUUGUCGCUGGAUUCCGACAUCCCCCGCACUGAAUCUCAACAGUGCAAGAAUUUACAGAGAGGCUUCCCAGACUUGAACAAAGAGCAUGAAAAGGCAGCCAGUCCUGAUGACGUCUUCACCUUGUUCUGUACCAGUUCUAUCCCGAGGCUGCGCGAUGGCGAUACAUAUAAUGCGCCUCCGGGGAAUGCAGAUUUUACGUGA